UUUGAAUGCUUGAAAGUCGGCGCGCAGCCGCGCAAACAUAGUGUCAGACGAUUUGUUUUGUUAUGUGAAGGACUGUUGAAGUAGGCGAAACAAAUACGAAUUUUAUGAAUGUACUAGGCACAUCUACUACAAUUUUUUUUAAAAUAUAGAACAUUAUAUCCCCAAAGAGGACGUUCUUGCUGUUUCUGUCGUAUUCGUAGAUCGACGUUAAUUUGCAAUUAAGAAAAUUCAUUCAAAAUCAGUAUGGAAACCGUUCUGCCUCACGUUCCAAUGACAGUGGAAGUGUUGUCGCUUGUUAAUGAUCUAGAUAAUUGGUCUAAUGUCAAUGUCAGAGUUAUUGGGCGUUUUGUGAGGACUGUAAAUGGACUGUACUGUUUAGAAAGUGUGUUAGAGCCGGAUGGGCCGUACAGAAUAAACCUGAAUGUAGAACUUUUGCCAAAAUAUCCACUGAUAAACGAUGUAAUUCAAGUUUUUGGUGAAUUACGGUCGACGACGAAUGUAUUCCUGGUUGCGAAGUUCUUCAGGUACAUGAACAUUGUUGACUUGGAGAAAUAUAUAGAUAGUCUACAAUGUCAGUCGAAUUUCGUGCCACAUUUUAUAAAAAAGUAAUGUCUCAUGUUUUGGGUUACUAGUAAGGUUUCAUCAUGCGAAGAGAGUUUUUAAAGUGUAAUAUUAAUGUGAGGAGGUAAUGAAGUACAGGCUGUAGACGAGAGCACUCGCACCUGCCCAAAAAUUGCAUUUUCUGUUAUCCUUAAGUUGUUUCUUGCUAAUUUAUCUCGUACAUGUAUUUUCCUGUCAUAAUAAUGUAAGGAGAGCAGCAAUGUACAUUAGUCUGAUUGUUUCCAUAGGAUAAUAAACUUGAAUAAGAAAUACACAAUAGAGAUUCCUGUGAAACGUGUAUAUGAAAGUAAUUUAUGCCCCUUAGUAGGCUAUGGAUCAUAAGUUUAUUGAUUG